AGCCCAACUCAGGGUUACCACACUGCUCACCUGUGAAGCAAUCUUCCCGCGAGAGCUGACUAUCCAGCCAGGGGCUGCCUAUAAAUGUUGGACACACAGGGUGCUGUCAAAUCCCGUUGUGUGGCUCCUUGGCAGACAAGAGUGCAGGAAGAUGGCGGACCAGCUGUCACAGAUGGAAUGCAGCAUUGAGACCAUCAUCAACAUCUUCCACCAGUACUCUGUGCGGCUGGAGCACCCGGACAAACUCAACCAGAAAGAAAUGAAACAGCUGGUGAAAAAAGAGCUGCCGAACUUCCUCAAGCCACAGAAGCAGAAGAAGAAUGACAAUGCCAUAAACAAGAUCAUGGAGGACCUGGACACAAAUGGAGACAAGGAGCUGGACUUCGAGGAGUUCUCCAUCCUGGUGGGCAGGCUGACGGUAGCCUCCCAUGAGGAAAUGCAUAAGAAUGCCCCUGAAGGAGAAGGCCACAGCCAUGGGCCAGGCUUUGGGGAAGGUGGCCAGAGCCACUGCCAUAGCCACGGUGGCCACGGCCAUAGCCAUGGUGGCCAUGGCCACAGCCACUAAUCAGGAGGCCAGGACACCCUUCCCCCACCCAACUAGGGUCACAGGGUGGCCAUGCCAAACUGCCUUAGCUGGGAGACUGGGAACAGGGAGCAAAAUAAAGUCUUCCUCCAAGCCA